UGUCGGCUGUCUUGCUCUCACAUCGGCGCCGGCACCGCGGGUUUCUGCGCGCUGUCGUCUCUCACCUUGACGGUCUCUCUCAUAGUCUCCGUCUCGAUCAACCCUAACCCUUGACCUUGAAUUGGGUGGUGAUCGGACUCAUUGAUGGCAAUGGAGUCAUCAAACGGUGGACAGGCAAACGGCACGCCCGCGCCAUACGGCAGAGCGUGCACGAACUGUGCCAGAGCGAAGUGCAGGUGCAUCUACCGUUCUGGCGGGCCUGGGUGUGAAAGAUGUCAUCGGCUGCGGAAAGAAUGUGUGCCCUCCGUCUCAAUCCGGAAACGGAAUGGAAAGAGAGCCUACGUGUCUCGUGCAGCUCAGCUCGAGGCGAAGCUCGAGGACCUUGUCUCGCUGCUGCGGCGUCAGGCCGCCCCGUCGGCGGACAAAGCACUGUCUCCUAGCGACGCAGCGGGCAGUCUCCCCGCCAGCACGCCGACCCUGAGCACGCACUCGACCGCGAGCCAGACCGCCGACAGCUCUCCACCAUCCGGCGACCUCACCGUUCUCCCUCCCCAGCAAGUCGACUGUGUCCCUGGCAGCGCCCCGGUUGCUCGCGGCUCUUUGCUUGCCAGUGUUUUCGACCCGCAAGAUACCGCCCCGCUAGCACCUCAAACCGAGCCGUCAUGGUGCUCGUCCCCAUCCUUCGCCUUAGAGCCGAGUCCCGUCGAGGCUGCGGAAAAUCUCACCACUUUCCGCAAGUACAUGCUUACCUUCUUCCCGUUCGUCCACAUACCGGCGACCAUGACCUCGGAGAAGCUCAAGGAGACGUACCCGUUCUUGUGGUACAACAUCAUGACCGUUACUUGUAAGAACGUAGAUCGGCGUCUCGCCAUGGGUGAAACACUCAAGAAGAAAGAAAAGCCGAUUCUCUCACUCCUGGCCUCUCUCGCCAAGUCUUUGGUGUUCGACCUGGGGCUCAACAAGAUCCCGAGCGAGCCGUAUAUUUCUUUCUGCGUGAAGACGCCCUUUCUCCCAACUCCGAAGGCGAAAACGCACGAAGAGAGGCGAGCCGUGCUCGCAUGCUUUCUUCUCACUUCGCAGAUUUCCUACUCGAUCAAGAGACUGGACGCGCUGAGCUGGACGUCCCACAUGGAUGAAUGCCUCCAAGUCCUUUCUCAGCAGCGGGAGUGGGAAGGCGACGACCUGUUGGUGGCCCAAGUCAAGGUGCAGCUCAUCGUCGAGGAGCUGGCUCGUGUCACCUCGCAGUCACCGGACGCUAUCCCCGCGAGCUACGUUCUGUCAGCUCUGCGGUCCCAGCUUCAAAAAAUCAAGGCUCAACUGCCGCCUCAUUUGCGACACAAUGACGCGAUCCUCAGUCACAUCUCCUACACGGAGCUCGCAAUCAACGAGGUGGCCAUAGCCAAGCCGAAAGCGUCUUCGGACGGGGUCUUGUCUAGCAUGCAGCGCUACGAGGCCAUGGAGGCCAGCCUCAGUGCCGCGAACGAUUGGUUGGACCGGCAUUUCUCGAUCCCCACCUACGUCUACAUCGGCAUGACCUUUAGCUACUGGUGGAAUAUGGCCCAUUGUCUUCUGACGAUCUAUCGGCUGUCGGUCCUUGAUGAUCCGGCCUGGGACCGCCGAGCUGUGCGGAAGAAGACCGACUUGCUUGCCAUUUGCGACAAACUUCGAGCCGGGUUCGAGGAGGUCCUGGCUCAGCGCUGUCCGGGUCAGGAAUCAACCAUUGAGGAGGAUGCGUUCUCCAAGUUUGUCAGAUUGAUGCGGACAUUGAAGAACAACUGGGCGCCCGAGCUGGUCGCGGCCGAAGGGCAGCCUGGGCCAUCCUCGGCCGCGCCCGCGGAAGCCCUCGUCGAGAGCAGCAAUGACGGCUUGAACGUGCCCCUUUUCCAACCGGACGACUCGGACAUAUGGUUCGCCGGUCUAUUCGACAUGAACUGGGGCUUCUAAGUCGUCGCGAGGAAGACGCUCCUGCGGAUGCGACAACAUGAUAUUCCAAUUCAUCAACAAAA